CUGAGAAAGAGCUGUACAUACCUAUACCUUAGGUACCUACCUAGAUGGCGUCCAUUGCUCCGCGAAGUACCCGGGACGGCAAAUGCGCCACUAGUAGAAAGCCAAAGGAGCCAAAGAAGCCACCUAAAAAGAUGGAAGCUUUGGCCAGAAUGUUUCAGGGCAUGAUACGAUUUUACUUCGAAAUAACUCGGGUAGUUGCUCUCCAUAAUAAAUCUCGACCGUCUGCGUCACCGUGGAUCAAGUCUGGCCGAAAAAAGACCCCUCCAUAGCCCUUAUAGCCCCCCCCCCCUCUUCUUCUUUCUUCAACAUUUUGUCGUCACUGUUUUAAUUCCCUCAGACAUCUUACCAAAUUCACAUCAGAUACUAAUACCUUCAUCGACACUUUUAUCUCUCGCCGUAGCAUACCUCACUACCUAUACCUUAUUACCUUCCUUCUAACUCAUCAUUUAUCACGUCGCCUUAGAUUCACGAUGGGUUUGAUUGACAAACUAAAUCUUAAGCCUGGUGUCAUCUACGGCCAGGAUGUCUACAAGUUGUUCCAGUACGCCAAAGAGAACGAGUUCGCUCUCCCCGCCGUCAAUGUGACCUCGUCCUCUACUGUCGUUGCUGUCCUUGAGGCCGCUAAGGAGUCGAAAUCACCUGUUGUUAUUCAGGUUUCCAAUGGAGGUGCAGCUUUCUUUGCUGGCAAGUCCAUCCCGAACACAAACCAAGAAGCCUCCGUUGCUGGUGCCAUUGCCGCCGCCCACUUUGUCCGCGCAAUUGCCCCUGUUUACGGUGUCCCCGUUGUCCUACACAGUGACCACUGUGCCAAGAAGCUACUGCCUUGGCUGGAUGGCAUGAUUGAUGCCGAUGAGGCAUGGUUUAAGGAGCACGGCACACCUCUAUUCAGCAGCCACAUGAUCGAUCUAUCGGAAGAAGACGUCAAGUACAACAUUGAGACAACAGCCAAAUACUUAAAGCGAUCUCAACCCUUGAACCUAUGGUUGGAAAUGGAAGUCGGCUUAACGGGUGGCGAGGAGGACGGUGUCAACAACGAAGAUGUCGACAACAACUCUCUCUACACGCAGCCCGAGGAUAUCCUUGCCAUCUAUGAGGCACUUAGUCCCAUCUCUAACUUAUUCAGCAUUGCUGCUGGCUUCGGCAAUGUCCACGGUGUCUACCAGCCGGGCAACGUAAAGCUCCACCCCGAACUCCUCGGCAAGCACCAGGCCCAUGUUGCCCAAAAGCUCGGCGACGGCCAGGCUAAGCCAGUCUUCUUCGUCUUCCACGGCGGCUCUGGCUCAAGCAAGGCAGAGUUCCUCGAGGCUAUCUCCCACGGUGUUGUCAAGGUCAACCUCGACACCGAUCUCCAGUGGGCCUACCUCGUCGGUCACCGAGACUACAUCCUAAACAACAUCGACUACCUAAGAACUCAGGUCGGCAACCCCGAGGGUCCCCACAAGCCGAACAAGAAGAAGUACGACCCCCGUGUGUGGGUAAGGGAAGGUGAGAAGACGAUGAAGGCCCGUGUCAUCGAGGCACUUGAGGAUUUCCGCACAGCCGGCAAGCUAUAAAUAAAUUAAUUAAAUAGGGGCGUUGUUAGACGAGAUUACCACGAAGAGGGUUCUAAAAUAGUCAAAAUUCGAUAUAGCCUGUCCUGAACUUUUCCACCUCGAUUUUAAGGAUUGAUUUGAUCACUACAACCUAUUUGCACAGUGAAUUUGAUAACGUUGGUUAUUUCAUAGACUGUAUUUGUCUCCCGCGUGUGCUUGCCGUCGAUAACGUGGGAUACCUAAUAUUUCAGACGUGAAUAACCGAGGCCCGGAAUCGUCCACAGACGAUAGCCAAGGAUCGGGAUCGGGUGAGAGAUCCCGUCAAGCAAACACAUCAGAAUGGGAAUAUUAGGCGAUUGUAUCCGCUCGUAACAGACUAACCUAGGACAUUAAUUAUAGGCUAUACUCUACAUUUGUGUCAUGUGGCCGAAUAUCCAACACGACUCAUUCAGGAGUAUAGGAUCUGCUUUGGAAGAGUGUUGGUACCGCAUCACAUUAUCAUAUACACGAUUCAAUGCAUAAAUCCUUUAGCUACAUGCAUUACAAUACCUAGUGCCCGUGUCAGCCAUCCUAAUGUUUAAGUACUGUCGAAUGCGGGGUUUCCCCGUACUCCAAAAUAGUGCAUUCGCAUUCACCGUCGCAGUAUACGGACCGUAUCUUCAAAAAUCGCUAUGUAGCACAUAAUCGGGGAAUACAAG